AUGGCGUUCUUAGUACCGAUACUGGUAUGUGUGGUGUGUAUGUUGUUCUCUUACUAUCUGUGGAAGAAGAGUUGUCCUGACACGGACAACGAACCUCCGAUGGUCCCUGGCGGCCUGCCUUUAUUGGGACAUGUUCUUAAAUUCAUGGGAGACAGCAUCCAUCUGUGGCGUGUCUUAAACGAUUUUGCGAGCAACAGUUAUGCUAAUGGCGGGGUAGUUGCAGCUUCAGUUGGGCCUAGGACUAUUUAUAUGGUGACGGAUCCUGAUGAUAUCUUCACGAUAACCAACACCUCUUUAGAUAAGGACGACAUCUAUGACCUUGGAAGACCGUGGAUCGGGGACGGACUCCUUACGGCUAGAGCGUCAACUUGGAAGAUUAAAAGAAAGCUGCUGAAUCCGGCCUUCAGUCAAACUGUGAUGGACGGUUUCAUGGGUGUCUUUAAUAAACAGGCACGGAAACUGGUAAAGGAUUUGGAGCCAGAAGUAGGGAAGGGCCCCUUCGACCACUGGACGUAUACCAAGCAUAACGCUCUUGAGACCAUAUGCUUGACAGCCAUGGGCGUGGAUUUCACAGACCAUACGAUCCUCAACAGUCAGUACGUGACAGCAGUGGACGAGAUAUUAAAAAUCAUAGCAGUCCGCUUCCGGAAGUUCUGGCUGCACAGCGAUUACACCUUCAGAUGGAGCAACGUGAAGAAGAAGCAGGACGCUUGUUUGAAGAUACUGCACAAUAUGUCUGAUACUGUGAUAAAAAGAAGAAAAACUGAAUUUGACAACAACAACAUACUCCCUGAAAGAACAACAAUUCCAGGCAAAAAAUUCAAAGCCUUCAUGGAUCUACUCUUUGAGUUAUCCGUGGAGAAGGGAGUGAUGAACGACAGAGAGUUAAGAGAACAUGUAGACACGAUGAUUGUGGGCGGCUACGACACGACCGCCACCGUGUUAAUGUACACACUUCUACUGCUGGGAUCCCACCCUGAAGUGCAGGAGAAGGUCUACCAGGAAUUAAAAGUGGUGCUUGGUGACUCAGAUCGUGACGUGGAGAAACACGAUCUUUCCCAACUGGUGUACUUGGAGGCAGUUCUAAAGGAGAGCCUGAGAUUAUACCCGAUUGGGCCGGUGCUGGGCAGGCGGCUGGACAAGAACGUGCAAUUGAAGAACUACACGCUAGCAGCUGGGCGGUCCUGCUUUUUGCUUUUGUUUGGGAUUCACAAGCAUCCCAUGUGGGGAGCAGACGUGGACCAGUUCAAUCCCGACCGGUGGAUGGAUCCGGCUAGUUUACCAGACAACCCUAACGCAUUCGCUGCCUUCAGUUUGGGGAGGAGGAUUUGUAUAGGCAAAACCUACGCGUACAUGUCGCUGAAAACAACCCUCGCUCAUGUUCUCCGAAAAUACCGCUUCAAGGGUGACCACACACAACUGGAACUCAAAUUUGUCGUGUUGCUGAAGCCAACGUCAGGCUACUACGUCAGUAUUGAGGAACGGCUUUAG